AUGGAUGGACUCAAGAAGUUUCUUUCUCGUCAAAAGACGAAUCAGUCUAUCGACCACGAGGGCGAGCUUCAAGCCUUUCGCAAACAGCAUCGCUGGGACCCUUUUCUCGGCGAGGACAAGCUGCGUGCCGUCGACUCGGCCCUCGACUCGGGCAACGCCGAAAAGCUCCGCCAGCUGGACAACGUUCUGAUUCAGGAUGACUCUCCAUAUCCCGAAGUCCGCGCUGCCGUGCCCCCCUCGGACGAGGACAUGCCCGUCAACACCAUCCGUGCUUGGAUCAUUGGUGGCGUUCUGUGCACCAUUGUUUCCGCUUGUAACGUCCUUCUCGCAUUGCGCCGCACACCCAUCUCCAUUAACUCUACCGUUGUCCAGUUGGUUGCCUAUCCCAUCGGCUGUUUCUGGGCCCGAGUAGUCCCUGCAAAAAGCUUUCGUCUUUUUGGUCUCAACUUUGAGCUCAACCCCGGCCCCUUCAAUGUCAAAGAGCACACCAUCAUCACCAUGAUGACGGCCGCCGGCUCUGCCAUCAGCUAUGCCUUUGAUAUCCUGCUUGCCCAAGAAGUAUUUUACAAGCAACAUUUCAAAUGGGGUUUCCAGAUCCUGCUUGUCCUUUCCACCCAGGCCAUGGGCUUCGGCAUCGCUGGAAUUGCCAGACGAUUCCUCAUCUACCCGUCAUCCAUGGUCUGGCCAGCCACCCUCGUCACUUGCGCCGUCAUGUACGCCCUGCACAACCACCAAGCUGCCGAUCCUGCUGCCACCAACGGCUGGAAGAUUGGUCGCUACGCCUUCUUCCUCAUUGUAUCUUGCAGCACCUUUGUCUGGGAGUGGAUUCCCCAGGUUUUUGCUCAGAUAUUCCAAUUUUUCAACUUUGCCUGCUGGAUUGCUCCCAACCAUCUCCUGGUCAACCAGGUCCUCGGCGCGCAGUCUGGGCUCGGACUAAUCCCCAUUUCCUUUGAUUGGAGCGUCAUCAGCGCCUUUCUCGGCAGUCCCCUACAGGCCCCCGCCUUUGCCCUCGUCAACGUUGCCCUCGGCCUGAUCCUCGUGGCUAUUGCCGCCUCUGGCCUUUCAUGGGCUGGCCCUGAGUUCUACCGGUACCUGCCUAUCAGCGCCAACACAAACUUUGACCGCUUUGCCAAACCCUACAAUACGAGUCGUAUUCUUACGCCCGAUUUUACCAUGAACGAGACGGCCUACCAGGAGUACUCACCCAUUAUAAUUUCUCCCACCUUUACACUCUCCUAUGGCAUGUCCUUUGCCGCUCUCAUUUCCACGCUCGUCCACGUUAUUCUCUUCUACGGGUCUGACAUUUGGCGCCGCAGCCGCGACGUGCGCUCAGAGGAACCCGAUGUUCACCUGAGGCUGAUGCGCAAGUACAAAGAGGCCCCUGAAUGGUGGUUUCUCGCCAUUUUCGCCAUGAGCUUCACGUUUGGCAUGAUUGCCUCUCAGGUCUGGCCCACCCAUCUGACCUGGUGGGCUUUCAUCCUCUGUAUUGUUCUUGGCGGCGUCUUCUUCAUCCCCAUUGGCACCGUUCAGGCCAUUACCAACCAGCAGACUGGUCUCAACGUCAUCACUGAACUGGUUGUAGGCUUUAUGCUACCGGGACGCCCCAUCGCCAUGAUGAUGUUCAAGUGCUGGGGCUACAUGAUUAUUUACUAUGGCCUCAACUACAUUUCUGACAUGAAGGUUGGCCAUUACAUGAAGAUUCCUCCUCGCUCCAUGUUUGCUGCUCAGGCCUUUGCCGUCAUCUGGCUGUCCCUCGUUCAGGUGGCCACUUACAACUUUUUGCUUGGCAACAUCAAAGGCAUUUGCACCGAGGACCAAGCCCAGGGCCUCAUCUGCCCAGCUGCUCGCACCUUUUUCAACGCCAGCGUCAUUUGGGGCGUGAUUGGUCCCGCCAAGAUGUUUGGUGCCGGUCAGCUAUUUUCUUGGCUCAACUGGUUCUGGCUCAUUGGCGCCGCCCUCCCCGUCAUCCAGUACUUGAUCACCCGCCGCUACCCCAACAGCAUCUUCCGCUACAUGCUCACGCCUGUCAUUUUUGGCGCCGCCGGCCAGAUCCCACCGGCUACGCUCUACUACCUUUGGCAAUUUGUGACCGUUGGUCUUGUCUUCAACUGGUACAUUCGCCGCCGCUACUUUGGCUGGUGGCAGCAGUACAACUACACUCUAUCCGGCGCCCUCGACAUUGGCAACGCGCUCGCCAGCGUCGUCAUUGCCCUGGCCCUCGGACUGGGAAAUGUCAGCUUUCCCGACUGGUGGGGCAACACCGUCCCCUACGCCAACCUCGACGGAUGGCACAACGCCACGACAAAGGUCUUUCAAAAGGGCCAAACGCCUCUGGGGCCGGAAAAGUGGUGGUAG